CAGUAAUAUAACUGACCUUCACACAAAAGGUUCAUUGUUUAAUAUCGUCUUCUAUUUUUUUCUUCUUAUUUUUCUAAAAGUGCAGUCUUUGUUCACUUUUUUCUAUGCCCGGUGUCGCGUGGGACGAUGUUAACUCUAAGGCAUCCUCACCUCUGGGGGCGCUAGUGAGACUUUGUGAACGACAAAGACGAAAAAGGAAGACGAUCUCCGCGCGUGCGCACUGCACUGUGCUCAUCUCCGCGUUGUUUUGAUUUUUCACGUGUAGUUAGAACGGACACGGCGAUAAUGUGGUUCUAGUCUGCCCCAAGUUGCUCUACUGCGCUUAUUUUGUCCGCCUUAUGUAUCUUUACUAAUCCUGAUACAUUUGGUGUAGGUGUUAAAAGGUGGCAUCGCUGUGAGAGAGACGAAAAGAAGCGAGUGGAGCGUCAUGGCCGCCUUCGUGGAGCUCAUAGCUGGCUGCUACGAGCAAGUUGUGUUUGGUUACCGUGUUCGAACAGACCAGGAGGAGUGGAGGGCCAAGGCGGAUUUCACACAUCACGCCCACACGGCGUCCGUAUCGGCGGUGGCGGCCAGCGACAGGUUUGUGGUGACGGGCAGCAAAGACGAGACGAUGUUGCUGUACGACAUGAACAAGAAGGUGGAACACGGCGCUCUGCUGCACCACGACGGCUCCAUCACCUGCCUGGAGUUUUACGGCGCGACACAUCUGCUAAGCGGAGGAGAGGACGGACUCUUGUGCGUGUGGAGCACCAAGAAGUGGGAGUGCCUCAAGUCCAUCAAAGCGCACAAAGGUCAUGUUACAUCGCUGUCUGUACAUCCGUCUGGUAAACUUGCACUGACGGUGGGCACCGAUAAAACACUGCGCACAUGGAAUCUCAUUAAUGGACGAUCAGCCUUCAUCAGAAACAUCAAACAAAACGCACACAUUGUGCGAUGGUCUCCGGACGGCGAGAAAUACGUGGUGGUCAUCCACGACCAGCUUGACCUGUACGAUCUGCAGACAGCCUCGCUGACCAGCACGCUCAAAAACCCCAAGAGGAUCUCGGCCAUCAACUUCGUAAACAACUCCAUCCUAGCUGUUGCGGGUGAUGACGAAAUAGUACGACUGUGUGAUGUUGCCAAGGAGAAAUGGGUGUGCGAGUUCAAAGCUCAUGAAACCAGGGUGAAAGCGGUGGACAGUUUCAAGAUGGACGACGACCACGUGUUGGUCACGGCCUCCAACGACGGCUUCAUCAAAAUGUGGAAGCUCCGCCCGAACGACGAGCUGGAAUGUCCCACCCUCCUCGGGGAAGUGAACACCACGGCCAGGCUGACGUGUUUGGCCGUGUGGAAACCCUCCACGCAACGGCAGACCACAGAAGAAGAAAAGGGAGCCAAGGCCACAACGUCACAAGAGGUGGCUGAGGCACUUUUGAAGACAAAGCGAGUGCGUCUCCGCACUCAUGAAGAAGUCAUUCUGGAAGAUGAAAGCAACCCGAAAAAGAAGAAGAAAAGAAAGGUCGAUGGAAAACUGGAAGAGGCGAAAUAAAACACAUUUGUAAAAAAGAUCCUUUGAUGUGUGACUCUUUUGGAUGGACUCUGUCUCCACAAACGUACUCAGUCACCUAACAAAGAAUUCGCUCACAAUAGUUUUUCCAGCAGUGCCUAUUUUGUUAAUUAUUGUAGAAUAAAAAGCUCCAAAUGUUCAACUGUCACAAAACAUUGUUUUUUUACAAUUAUUUUAUGCCAACCCCUCUAUUGUUGCAAUGUUCUGACUAUAUCUUUCUGAAAUUAAAUAAAAUCUUUCAACAAAAUGACUUUCACAAAACUUUCUUUCUGUUGAUUUUAUUAUUGUGAAAAUAAUUACUUUAUAUAUAACACCUUUUAAAACAUACAUUCACUAGACUGUUACAAUUCUGCAACUUGAUUUUUGUUCAAUUAUGACUUUUAUCAAAACUUUUGUUUUCUUAAAGUGGUGUAAUUUUCUCAGAAUUUACCAGCUUUGUUGCAAUUGUCCCACAUUCUCGAAAAAUGUAACAUUUUCACAAAAUGUUCCCAACACGGUCAAAAUUUUCCACAUUUCUUUGCGGUAUAUUACAUCAUUGCGACCGUUGCAGCAGUAUGACUUUGUUCUAAGAAUGAAAUGUUCUUAUGUGACUGGAAGCAUUGUACAUUCAAUAAUAAUGUGUCGCAAAAUUAGGACAUUGUCCAAAUUCUAUGACUCUCAUAUGCCUGCUUGAUCAAAAUUAUAGGAAAAGUUGUGAUUUUAAGAGAAUAAAGUGUCACGAUUUUAAGAAAA